UUUGCUAAUUAUAAAAUAAAACAACCGUUGCCCCUUGGCUGUUUUUGCGUGCACAUAAAUGUUAGAAAUGAGUGGUAAUUUUAAAAAUCUUUUACCUAAAUAUAUGUAGAAAUAUUGCAUAAGACAAAGAUAGGGUGAUAUUAAAUCAUGUUAAAAUCCAUAGAAUGCAUGAGAUGAGGAAAAUGGAUUCGGAAAUUUAAUUUUAACAACGCCCAACUGGCAGUUUUUCCCAAGCCUUGAGUGACUAGAAAGGUAAUUAAGUCAUAUAUUGUAGUACUCUUUUUUUUUGGGUGAAAAUAUUUUUAUAGUUUCAAGGAAGUUAAUUUAUGAAGCUUAAUUAAUUAAUUUCAAACCAACAACAUAUAAAUCAUGAAUGAAACCCUUUAAACACUGGAUUAUCACUCGCAGGAAUAGAGAACCAUGCAUUAAUGUGGUUUGCUUAUAAAUUUAGUAUGGUUAUGUUAAUAUUUGCCUUUUACAUAUGCUUAGAUCAGCAAAUGAUGUCAAGAAAAAGAAUGAAAAUCAUACAUACAACAUGAAUGGCAAGUAUCCGUACGAUGUUGACAGUGACUUCAAGUUUUAUAUUUUCGAAGGUUUCACUUGCAUUGCAAAUACAUUAUCACAAAAUUUUAAUAAAGAAAACUCUGAAAAGAAUUUCUACCUCCGGAAAGAAUUAAGUACGAUCAAUGUCCCUACAUAUAAAAUUGAGAUAGUAUUGUCCUUCCCUUAACCACCGACCAAUUAGUCAAUGAUUAUUUUCAUCAAAAAAAUUGGUCCUUGAUUAUUGUUCCAUAUUAGGUCUGAACUUAAAAAGAGUUGCAAGGAAAAUAUGGUUCAUUUAUACACAUUGACAAGUCAUGUUUUCCUUAUGCUUUCUUAUGGUUUUCCUUUAUUUCAUUAAUUUGGUGGAGAAGUAAUAAUAGAAUACCAAACGCUUUGCGCAUCAUAUAAGCAAAAAUCUUAAGGUAUAAAAUACCAACGACCACACAUGAUUAUGCAUUUCAGUUGGUAAGUUUCACAUCACAAAUUUAAACAAAAUAAAAAUGGAAGGCCGUAUAAUGAGCAUAACAUAUAUGUGAAUAUUAACAAAAUAGCAAUAGUCGUGGAGAAAACUCAUUGCAAGAGACAAGCAUACAUGCAGUUUGUGCUAAUUCUGGUGGGGAAGCCCACGUAAUUCCAAUAUUGAAUAGCAAAAGCUAACAUUUAUAGCUGCUCAACUACGUCCUUUAAUGCCUCUUUCUGAACCAGUUUUAUCUUCUUCCGUACCAAGAAUCGUAUAUAUAAUAAAACCCAGUUCUUCAUUGUCAUUAGGGUUCCUCGGAUCUCUUUUUUCUGAUGGCAGCAAGUGCAUUAUCAGUAGUACUCAAACGCGUAUACCUUGCCGUUUACAACUGGACUGUCUUCACUGGGUGGUCUCUAGCAUUGUACUUGGCUUUGAAGACACUGAAGGAAACAGGCUAUGGACAUGUUUACAAGUCUGUAGAAAAGCCUCUUCAGCUUGCUCAAAGCGCUGCUGUUUUGGAGGAACAGAUUCUCCAUAGCCUAGUAGGUCUGGUCAGAUCCCCAAUAACAGCAACGCUGCCACAGAUUCUUGGCAGACUGUAUAUUACUUGGGGGAUCUUAUGGAGUUUUCCUGGGCAAACUCAGACUCAUAUACUUGUCAGCACUCUGGUUUUCAGCUGGUCCAUUACUGAGGUUGUUCGGUAUUCCUUCUUUGGCACAAAAGAGGCACUUGGUUUUGCACCUUCCUGGCUCUUGUGGCUAAGGUAUAGCACCUUUUUCUUGUUGCAUCCGAUUGGUGUUACGAGUGAAAUUGGUUUAAUCUAUAUCGCCUUGCCAGACAUUAAGGAAUCUGAAAAAUACAGUAUAAAGAUGCCCAACAAAUGGAACUUCUCUUUCUAUUUCUUCUAUGCUGCAAUUUUUACAAUUGGAAUCUUUUCAAUAGGCAGUUUUUUUAUGUUCCAGCACUUGUGUAGGCAAAGGAAUAAAGCUCUCUCAAAACCAAAAAUAGUGUAAAAGCAGCAGUUCACUACUUUCAUUUCUUAUUAAACUUAUGAAUAUUUCCUGGACAUGAUAUUGUCUCACAUGGCGUGGAGCAUCUAAGAAGAAUAACAAUUCUGCAGAAGAUUUUGUAUAUUAUUUGAAAUGAUUCAGUUUACACUAGCAUGAGAUGCAUAUAUCUAUACUUCAGUAUAAACAUUCAAAGAUGUGGCUGAAAUUGCAUUCCAUUAAGAAUGACUGAUUCCUCUUCUUAAUUUCCCCUAUAGUAAUAGUAUCAACUAUUUUCUU